UUUACAAUUAGAAUGAGUGGCUGUACAGUUGACUUUCCGAUUUACGGCAUCACAAGUAUUGAUAAUGUCCGAGUUGCCUUAUGUGGGGGUGGUGGCGGAAUGAAGUCUGGAGUCCCAAAUGUGGUGGAAGUGUACGACACACGGGGUAAAGGUAUGGUACUCUCAUACAGGUAUGAUUGUGAGAGUGUGGCUCCCACUUGUAUUGCAGCUCACCCUGGUGAACCUAUCCUCGCUGUGGGGGUGGAUCACAACUUACUUAUUCUCGAGAUCGAGAAGAAACAGAAGCUGAACAAGCAAGUUCCUACGCUAAAGAAAAUUUUUGAAAGAGAAGUUGUCAAGGUUACAAAGAAUGCAGAGAUAGUGAAAUGUGUGACGUUCUGUUGUUUUGGAGAGAAGUUGGUAACAGUGGGGGAGGAUCACAGUAUAACUAUCUGGGAGUACCCGAGUAUGGUGAAGCGUUGGCGGCUAACCCAGCACCUGAGCGAAGUGACCCAAGUAACAGCUCACACCAUGGGGGAGCCGGAGAUAGUGACCUCGACCCGGAGCAGCGAGUGUUUUGUGUGGGAUGUGGAGACAGGAAUGCAGAAGGGACAGCUGAAGUAUGCUGGUACCGUGCCUAAUGCUAAGUACCGCUACAGGAAUAUCAGGUAUGGACCCUUAGGGGAGACCUUCUAUUCUGUUAUAGUACCAGUAGCUUGGAGCAAUAAAACAUCCUUCUCUCACCUGGUAAAAUACGACACUACCACUACUCCUUGGUCUAUCACCAGAGAGUACGCAGUAAGAGGUGAGCCUCUAUCAGAGCUCGCUAUCUCUUCUGACGAGACGUUUGUAGCUACUUCUAGUUCUAACGGGCAUGUUUACAUAUUUGAUGCACAUACUUUAGGGCUGAGAAGACGUAUAUUUGAAGCGCACGGCUUGUUUGUGACAGGACUUUGUUUCACCUCAAGCCACGCAGACGACCAGUUUAAGUUGUUGAGUGUAAGCGCAGAUAGGGAGUGUAAAGUGCACAACCCUCACGUGGCUGACCCUGUUAGGUUCCUUAAGGCAGCCCUCAUUGUACUGCUCUUUAUUGGUGCCCUAUAUCUGAUAUUCUGCUUCCUGAGCUCCUCUGAUUUACUGCCACACAUUGAUGACUUUGAUAAUGACCCUAUCGCUGAGGAUCAUCAUGAACACAGUCAUCACAACGAACUGUAGUUGGUUGUGUUACCAUGGUUACUUGAGUAUUGUAUAUGGUUACUUAUUGCUGAAUGCGGUAGUGUUACCAUGGUUUUGGUUACUUAAUUUAAAACAUUUUUACGGUAAUACAUUGCUGAAGUGUGAUUAGCAUGGCUUUGAUUAGAUAAGAACUGUAGUUACUAAGUUUUCCAACAGUUCUAUUUGCCAGUGGGUACUCAAGAUCUAAAACCAGAAUUCUCUAUUUAUUUAUAGUUGUUUUAGUACCUCUGGGUUGAUAAUACCAAAUUAGAACUUUAUUGCUAAAUUUUGUAGAUGUUUUUCCAGCAAGCCUAAAUUUUAAAUACUUUUGUUUAAGAUCUGUUCAUUACAUGGGUAGAUAGCUGAACCUGACUAUGAUCUUUUUUGUUUUCUUUUAUUCCUGAUAUUAAAUAAGAGUGUUAAAGUGUAGAUUUAAUGAUUUUGUAAAGAGUUUUUGAAUUUUGAUACUUCAGAAAUGAUUAAUUGUUGAUGUUAUUUAUUAUUGAAUCCAAUUUCUGAAACAUUUUGCGGAAAUUA